AUUAGAGAGAUUAGAAUAUUUUGAGAGAGAAGUUAUUGGUGGAUUUGAAAAAUUGUCUAUUUUCGAAAAUAGAUGUUUCUAAUAACAAAAAAAAAUUGAUUAUAAUCAUAAUUGGUGAUUAAGUCCUGGCGCAUUCACCUAAGAAGGAAGAGGAGGUGGGAGGUGAUCGGUGUAUUUACUAGCAUUAAGAACAGGUGUACCUUGUAAUAUUAUGACACACGGUAUUAGUUUGCCGGCAGAUUUUGUCGUGUGUGGUUCAACAAAUGUCGAGAAAUUUCAUCGCAAGUUUUUACAUUUCUUCUUCUCCUUCUUCUUUUUUUUCGUUGAAAAAUGACGAACACUUAUGAAUGAAACAAUCAACUAUAACUGAUUUUCGUGAAAACUAUUCAUUCCCUAUUGACUACAAGUUCAUUUUUUGUACAAGAAUCGCAUCCCUCGGAGAAACUUUUUUUGUGUCAUUGAAACUAGACGAGAAUCACAUAUUAAUGAGGUCAAGUAACCUCGAUAUCCCGGACAAAUUCACCCAGCACAAGGUUGUCAUUAAAGAAGGCGAGAAGAAAUAAAAAUAGAGGAAGAUGUGGUCAAAAAUUUGGAGGGCCUUCUCGAGGCGGAGGGCAACUGAUGUGACAACAGAAAAAAAAACAGAAUUGGCUAGGGUUUUGGGACUUUUUGAUCUCACCGCCCUAGGAGUUGGUUCAACGUUAGGUCUUGGAGUUUAUGUUCUCGCUGGAAGUGUCGCAAAAGAUAAUGCCGGUCCAGCUGUUUGCUUAUCAUUUCUCAUUGCUGCAUUCGCAUCAGCCUUAUCUGCAAUGUGCUAUUCGGAAUUCGCGUGCAGAGUUCCAAAAGCUGGUUCAGCUUAUGUUUAUAGUUACGUGACAGUCGGAGAAUUUAUAGCCUUUGUCAUUGGCUGGAAUUUGAUUUUAGAAUACGUGAUAGGUACUGCAAGUAUCGCAAGAGGACUCAGCAGCUAUUUAGAUAUUUUAACCGGCAAUAAAAUGGCUCAAUAUUUAAAAUAUUGGAUGCCAAUAAAAAUUUCCUUCCUCUCUGAUUAUCCGGAUUUUUUUGCCUUCGCCAUGGUUCUUUUACUCACAAUUCUCCUCAGUAUUGGCGUUCGUGAAUCUUCGAGUUUAAAUAAUAUUUUCACGUCAAUUAAUGUUAUUACUAUUUUGAUAAUUGUCAUUGCUGGUUCAUUUAAAGCCGAUAUUAAAAAUUGGUUUAUUGAGAAGGAAAAAAUACCUCCGGAUGUGAAGAAUCCGGGAAACGGUGGAUUCAUUCCCUUUGGUGUUAGUGGAAUUAUGGCGGGCGCUGCAAAAUGUUUCUUUGGAUUUGUUGGUUUCGAUGGUAUUGCAACCACUGGCGAGGAAGCAAAAAAUCCCAAAAGAAAUAUUCCACUGGCUAUUAUUUUGUCACUUUGCAUAAUAUUUGCCGCUUAUUUUAGUAUUGCGGCUGUUCUCACAAUGAUGUGGCCUUAUUAUGAUCAGGACGUAAACGCUCCGUUUCCUUCGGUUUUCGAAAAAGUCGGCUGGACAACAAUCAAAUGGAUCGUUAAUGUUGGAGCAGUUUUUGCAUUAUUCACCAGUCUUCUUGGGGCAAUGUUUCCUCUACCGCGUGUUCUUUACGCAAUGGGUAGUGACGGUAUUAUUUUUAAGUUUCUCGCGACAAUUCAUCCCAAAACAAUGACUCCAAUUUUCGGUACCAUUAUUUCUGGUCUCUUAACUGGUAUAAUGACACUGAUUUUUAAUUUACAACAAUUAGUGGAUAUGAUGUCAAUUGGAACACUUCUCGCGUACACAAUAGUCUCGAUAUCGGUUUUAAUUUUAAGAUACCAAAAAGAUGAGUACAAUUUAAAAAUGGAGGAUUCAAAUGAUCCAACUUUAAUGCAUUCGUUUUCGAAAAUUUUCAACUUUCAAAAUAUAAAGGAACCAACGACAUUUUCCACUUCCGUUGCAAAAUGGUGUACACUUUUAUUUUGUAUUAUGGCGUUUGUCGCUGGUAUAAUGAUCCACUACAGUGGCGAUAAAAUAAUACAAGGAAAUUUAACUCUGUCUGUGAUAUUAGCUAUAGUUAUUUUAAUAAUAAUACUAACAGUGGUCGCAAUUAGUAGGCAACCAAUUCAAAACGAUGAACUUCCAUUUAAGGUACCAUUGGUCCCUUUUAUUCCAUGUGUCAGUAUAUUUAUUAAUUUAUAUUUAAUGAUUCAAUUAGACGUCAAUACUUGGAUAAGAUUUUUAGUUUGGCUCGUCGUUGGUUUGGGUAUUUACUUUUUCUACGGAGUCAAAAAUAGUGAACAAGGAAAACUCGAGAAAUUGAAAAAUCGUCGAUCGUCUGAAAAAUCCUGCAACGUAAUUCGAGAAAUAACACAUUUUUAAAAGAAAAAAUAACCCCCUGUAACGAAUAAUUUGAAUCUAAACAGAAAAAAUCAAAUUAAAUGAGUUACAGUUUAACGGAGAAUCUAGUCUUCCACCGUUGAAUAUCUUUGGACAAGUCGGUAAUGUAUUUAUUUAUAUUAAGAAACAGCAACUAAAAUUGCUUCUUGUCGAUAUUAUUUUUAAAUCUGUCGACAAUACAAAAUAGUAUUUUUUUUUUAAUAAAGAAACUUUACCUCUGAUAGUAAAAAAAUAAUUAAUAAUCACAAUCACAGGUAAAUAAUCUUCGGAAAAAAUUACUCCCUAAAAUAAAAUUUUUUUUUAACAAUUUCUAUUUUUAUACAAUCUGAGAAUAUAACGAUUUUGUUUUUAUUAGAUAUUCUAAAUAAAUAUAAAUAAAUAUAGUAAAAUAUAGUGAAACGAAUUUUACUAUAUUCGUAAAUAUUGAUAAAUACGUCCGUCGAUAUCAACUCAAUGGAAAUGAAAUUAUUUUACGUUGAACGUAAAAGUCGAUAUUUUGUAUUAUUAUAUUAUUAUUAAAUUAAGAAAUCGUCGAUUAAGUUCCAUAAAACUCAUUUAUACUAAAGUAAUUCUUAUACAUAUAGAAAAUAAAUAUUAUAAUUAUUAUAAUGAAAA